AUGUGCGUGUCUAAUGACUAUGGGCCAGUUUGGAUUGAGACAUGGGGUUCAUGCCUGGAGAAAGGCCAACCACCAGAGAAGUACCCCCACAUCCUGCUCGUCGGGAUUGAGACUUCCAUUUCCAUACCAUUGGUCACGAUUCCUCGCGGCCAGGCAGAUGCAUACUUCAGGUGGGGAUGCAAAGCCAACUGCUGGCUUCCGGUGAAGACGGAGGACGAUCCUGAUUCCGCUCCGCUUGAGGCGAAAAUGGAGGAUCCCGUCACUGCUUCGCUCGGCCCCAUAGGUCGCCUCUUCCGGCGACUCCAUUCGCUGGAUGCUUCCCAACAGCCUCUGCCGGAGGGGCUCAGUGCGAACGGGGUCCGGCUUCUGAAAGAGGGCCUAGAAGGAUUGUGCGACCACCUCAAGGGUUUGCCGGAGGCAGAUCUGGACCCUGGCUUCACGCCCAAAUGGUGGGCCAAGGAGGUCCGGGAACUUGCUUACGACACGGAGGACUUCUUCGACGAGGUUAUACAGUCCGGCGGCGGCGGCGGCAGAAGUGCUCCUGUUAGUGCCAUAUUCGGAGUUACCAGUAAGCGGAAGCGGCGCCUGCCCCAGAUUGCGCAAGAUUUCUCGCAUUUAAUGGCCCGUGUGGAUGAUGCCAGAGAAAGAUGCAAAAUUUUCCAGCUUGCUCCGGAGACAGCCAUCAAAUCUGACCAUGGACAAGCCAGUACCAGCGGCCACAAAAAGAACUCAUUAUUUGUCCCCUUUUUCUUGUACUUCAUUGUUGUUGAUGAUUUAUGGACAGCAUCAGUAUGGGAUAUUAUUAGCCGUGCUUUUCCUUAUGGUGAUUGUUGCAGUAGAGUACUGACAACCACACAGAUUGAAGAUGUAGCACUGGCAUGUUCUGGUUAUGAGUCAGAGUACAUAUUUAACUUGCAACCUCUUAAUAAUGGUGAAUCUCGGAAAUUAUUCUUCGAUACUGUUUUUGGCUCUGAAAGUGAAACUGGUUGUCCUGAGGAGUUCGAAGUAGUUGUGGAUAGGAUUAUCAGGAAAUGUGGUGGUUUACCCUUAUCAACUCUAAAUAUAGCAAGCCUGUUGCUCCCAAGCAAACCAAACCCUGCAUUUCAGCAGUGGGAGAAGGUAGAAAGUUCUCUACCCUCCACUUUGAGGACAAAUCCUACUUCCAGUGGGAUGAAAGAUGUUAUAAUCCUUGUAUAUGAUAAGCUUCCACUUCAUUUGAAGACAUGCUUGCUCUAUGUUGGUAUGUAUCCAGAGGGCUACACGAUCAAUAAGGAUGAUUUGGAGAAGCAAUGGGUUGCUGAAAGUUUUGUCAGUGACGCCGAGCAUGGUUACUUUAACGAGCUUCUCAGAAGAGGCAUGAUCCAACCGGUAGACACUAACUAUCACGGUGAGGUGUUGUCAUGUACAGUUAACCACAUGGUACUGGAUCUUAUCAGGCACAAAUCCAUGGAGGAUAAUUUCAUCAUUACUGUGAACUAUCUUGAAUCAACUAUAGGGCUUCCUGACAAGGCUCGUCGAUCGUCCAUCCAGUUCGGAGGUGCAAAAAGUGCGAAGAUACCGGAAAGCAUCAGAAUGUCCCAAGUCCGAUCGCUUUUCUUCUGUGGAUUCUCUGGAUGUGUACCUUCCAUUCCGGAUUAUGGCCUUCUUCGAGUUCUAAUUCUUCAUAUUUGGGCUGAUCAAGACAAGAUGAGCUUUGACCUCACUGGAAUCGGUGAACUCUGUCGACUGAGAUAUAUCCAGGUUGAAUGUAAUAUCACUGUCAAUUUGCCAGACAAGAUUCAAGGGUUACGAUACUUGGAGACGCUGCAAGUAGAUGGAAGACUAUCUGCAGUUCCAUCAGAUAUUGGAAAUCUGGAGAAAUUACGGCACCUCCUCCUUCCAAGCCAGGCUAAUGUGAGGGACCUUGGCGGGCUGGUUAACCUCCAGGAUCUUCAUCUCACCUGUUCUACAGUACACCAAGUUGAUAAUCUGGAGGACAACAUGAAAUACCUGGGCACAGUUCUCGAGAAACUCAGCAACCUCAAAUCUCUAACUCUGACAUCUUUAGGCUCAUCCCCCGUAAAUACUUCGAGGAUGAGUAUUUCCUGCCAUGGCUUGAGCAGCGUGUCCCCUGCUCCAGCCCAUCUUGAGAGACUUGAGUUACUGCCGUGGAUUUGCAUCUUUCCGAGCCUCCCAAAGUGGUUGGAAACACUCAGCAAACUCUGCAGUCUAAAGGUAGCAGUUAGAGAAUUCUCGAACAGUGACAUUGAUAUCGUGAAAGGAUUGCCUGCCCUCACUGCUCUCUCGCUAUAUGUCCAGGCAGCACCUGCAGAGAGGAUUUUCUUUGGCAAGGCAGGAUUUUCAGCUCUCAAGUACUUCACGUUGAAGUGCAGUGAACCUUUGCUGAAAUUUGAGGCUGGUGCAAUGCCUAAUCUUCAGAAGCUCAAUCUAGUCUUCAGUGCCCAGGAAGUGCAGCAUGGUGCUGCACCUAUCUGCAUCGAGCACCUGGCAGGGCUUAAAGAGAUCUCCGCAAAAAUUGUGGGUGCAGGUGCUACUGGCACAGAGUCUGCCUUGGGGAUUUAUGUUAGGAAUGAUCCAAAAAACCCGAAAAUCAACGAUCAACUGGUGAACUGGAAGUUCUUUGAGGACGAAGAUAGAAUUAUGGCGCCACCAAGGCAUGCAGGACCGAUUAUAGAAGAACUAGGUGAGAUCCUGGAGGAAAACACAGAAUAUGAGUACGAAGGGGAAGAUGAAAACAGACAGCAACCUGAUAGCGGGAUUUCUACGUUACUGGAGUCGCCGCCUGCGCCACCUUGGAGACCCCCUGAUAGGCGAUAUGGCUGGAGAAUCCUCUCUGUGUGGGCCAGGGCCAGGCCCACCAUGAAAACCGGACCCCAGACCACCUUGAAAGCUGCCUAUGAAGGCAGCGACAGCCUCCCCUGGUGGCACCACCUUGCGCCAUCCAACACUGGAAUGUUCUCAAGGAGUCGUCGUAAACAUGAGAGUAGUCUUACUGCCAGCAGCGGUCCAACUUUUUUGGCUUCCAGGCUUACUGGCGGCAGCAGUCAAACUUUUUCAGCUUCCAAACCUUCAAGCGUGAACACCUUUUCAAGUGCGAACACUUCUUCAAGUGCUAACACUGGAUGUGAAAUCGUGCAGUCAGCCAAAGUUAAGGCCUUCAGCUAUAAUGCUCUCAGGUUUGCCACGAGGAACUUCUCUCCUGACAGCAUGCUCGGCGAAGGAGGGUUCGGAUCUGUCUAUAAAGGAUGGUUUGAUGAGCGUACAUUGUCAGCUUGCCAACCUGGUACAGGAAUACCUGUUGCUGUGAAAAAACUCAACCCGAAGGGCUUUCAAGGGCACGGAGAGUGGUUGGCCGAAAUUAAUUACCUAGGUCGGCUUUGCCAUCCCAACCUUCUGAAGUUAAUCGGGUACUGCAUAGAUGAUGAGUAUCGGGUGCUGGUGUUUGAGUGGAUGCCACGUGGGAGCUUGGACAAUCAUCUUUUCAGGAGAGGCUUUGAACCUCUUUCAUGGAACAUAAGGAUGAAGGUUGCACUUGGAGCUGCAAAAGGACUAGCCUACCUUCACAAUGCGGAGGUUAACGUUAUCUGUAGGGAUUUUAAGCCAUCUCAUAUUCUCCUUGACACCGAUUAUACUGCAAAACUCUCUGAUUUUGGAUUGGCAAAGGAUGGUCCUGUUGGUGAAGACAGUCAUGUGACCACAAGGGUAAUGGGAACAUAUGGUUAUGCAGCUCCAGAAUAUGUGUCAACAGGCCAUCUUACUGCAAAGUGCGACGUAUAUGGCUUCGGGGUUGUGCUUCUAGAGAUGAUGUGUGGUCGUCGCGCACUUGACGCGAACCGUCCCCAGGCGGAGCGCAGUCUUGUUGAAUGGGCCCGGCCGUAUCUCACAAGCAAGCGCAAGAUCUUUCGUGUCGUUGAUAUAAAGCUAGGAGGCCAAUACCCGCUCAACGGGGCGCGAAAAAUCGGCAACCUUGCUGUCGCGUGCUUGCACGUCGAACGUAAUAUGAGGCCGACCAUGGAUUACGUGGUCUCUGUCCUGGAAGGGGUUCAAGACUCCAGUGACCCAGGCAAGAAGCCGGCAGCAGAGAAGCAUCAAGAGCCCAAGUCCGCCGGCAGAAUGACACCGCCCAGCGUGAACACGCACGCGUACUUCACAACAACCCAGAGUCUGAACCUGUGCUAUCUACUCCCGCCGCCCCAUAAUCGGAGCUCAUGCUGCCGAGUACUCACUGUCUUGCAUGUGUCGUCCACUACUGGCUGCUGCCGUGCAUUUUGA